AUGACUAUUGUUGAACAUAGCAGGGGCCAAUAUCAACUGUUAUUUAUUGCAGAUAGGCAGUCUGAAUCAACAACAGAUGAUGACUUAAACAAGACAUUCGGUGAAUACGGAACAGUCACAAGUGCUGUAUUGAUGAGAGAUACAGAAGGUAACUCCAAGUGCUUUGGUUUUGUUAAUUUUAAGAAUGCUGGAGAUGCUGCUAAAGCAGUAGAUGGUCUUACUGGACAGAAGUUUGAUGAUAAAGAGUGGUAUCUUGGAAAAGCCCAGAAAAAGAUAGAAACAGAACAUGAACUAGCAAAGGAUUAG